AUGGGGUGGGCGACGUGUUGGCCACUAAUACUGUUGCUGGCGCCGGUGCUAACUCAGCGCGCCGUGCCCACCGCCUGCGAGGAAGACGCAUGCAGGUGCGACUCGUUCACGAGGCUAAUAUGCAAUUGUACCAGACCAUUUGAGGAAUUGACUCUGAGACCUGAUGGAGCGUUCAGAGUGCCUCCGACAACAACAGCUAUUAUAAUAAACGGCUGCGAUCGUGUAACAUUCUUAACAGAAACGAUCCGAAAUCUUAUUCAAUUACGAAUGAUAGAAUUAAGAAAUAUCGGUUAUAUCGUUAUAAACGAGCGAGCACUAACCUGGUCACCAUUUCCCAGAGAUAAUGAGAUGAAUCCGGGAAUUAAAAUUGUAGUGCAAAACAGUACCCUAAAUGAAAUUUCCUCGCACGCAGUUCAAGGGCAGGUUAACGAAAUAACUAUCAAGGACAGUAAAAUAGUCAAUCUCAAACCUUUCGCUUUUUCAAGCUUAACUGGCGUCAAAAAUAUAGAACUCAUAAAUAAUAUAUAUUAUAACAUGGAGAUACAAGCGUUUAAAAAGUUUACUACAGAAAAUUUUAUACUGCGGGGUGGUGAAGCUAAAUCCUUACCGAGCAGAUUUUUAUCCGAUGUAGAAGUAACUAACCUGUUUCGAAUGGAAGGUGUUACCAUUAAUUUAUUAUCAAGUUUAACAUUUCUUGUCAGUUUACCAAAGAGAGUGUUGAUAGAAAGUAAUAUUAUACAAUCUUUAGAUGGAGAUGCUUUUCAUAUAUCAACGAAAGGGCCUGUAACGUUUAGAAAUAACACAGUAACUAAAAUAAGCAAGGGUGCGUUUUUAGGAUUUACUGUCCACGUGGAGACUUUAUCAGUUUUGGGUCGCCAAGAAUUAUUGAUAGACAAUAACACAAUGACUGCAGUGACUCCCGCUUCCCUUAUAUACAAUGAACAGACACUGACACUCAGAAUUGAUGGACUCAAUCUAAAUACAAAGUGCACUUGCGCAUUGGCCGAAGAAUGGCGAGAAGUAUUGAGUCAUCAAAGAGGGAUCAUUAAUUGCUGGUAUGAACUUGAAGCACAUUAUAUUUCAUUACCCACCUUUGUAGACAGUCGUUGUGGUGCCUUCAAACAAACCUUCUGGAUUUUUGUAGUUGUGGGGGUUUUAUUUGUAUUGCUAGUUGCAGUGAUUGUGAUAUUCUUUAUAGUUAAAAGAGAAAAUGAGAAAAAGAAGAAGAUGCAGGUAGUUAUGCCAGAUGGCAAGACAUACCGAGAAACGGAAUUUCAUAUAGUUGUCGAAAGAGCGGAGCUUCUUACUACAGACUUG